CAGCAGCAGCAGCAGCAGCAGCAGCAGCAGCAGCAGCAGCACUUGGGGGAAAAGCUAGAGGUUAGAGUCAUGGAUGACCAGCGCGACCUCAUCUCUAACCAUGAGCAGCUGCCCAUCCUGGGCCAGCGUGCUAGAGCCCCAGAAAGCAAUUGCAAUCGUGGAGUCCUGUACACCAGUGUCUCUGUCCUGGUGGCUCUGCUCUUGGCUGGGCAGGCCACCACUGCUUACUUCCUGUACCAGCAGCAGGGCCGCCUGGACAAGCUGACCGUCACCUCCCAGAACCUGCAACUGGAGAACCUUCGCAUGAAGCUUCCGAAAUCUGCCAAACCUGUGAGCCCGAUGCGCAUGGCUACUCCCUUGCUGAUGCGCCCACUGUCCAUGGAUAACAUGCUCCAAGCGCCCGUGAAGAAUGUUACCAAGUACGGCAACAUGACCCAGGACCAUGUGAUGCACCUGCUUACGAAGUCUGGACCCGUGAACUACCCACAGCUGAAGGGGAGCUUCCCGGAGAAUCUGAAGCACCUUAAGAACUCUAUGAAUGGUCUGGACUGGAAGGUCUUCGAGAGCUGGAUGAAACAGUGGCUGUUGUUUGAAAUGAGCAAAAACUCCCUGGAGGAGAAGCAGCCUACCCAGACUCCACCUAAAGUAUUGACCAAGUGCCAGGAAGAAGUCAGCCACAUCCCUGAUGUCCACCCGGGUGCGUUCCGUCCCAAGUGUGAUGAGAACGGUAACUAUAUGCCACUCCAGUGCCAUGGGAGCACUGGCUACUGCUGGUGUGUGUUCCCCAACGGCACUGAGGUCCCUCACACCAAGAGCCGCGGGCGCCAUAACUGCAGUGAGCCACUGGACAUGGAAGACCCAUCUUCUGGCCUGGGAGUGACCAAGCAGGAUAUGGGCCAAAUGUUCUUGUGAAGACAGAAGCCAGCUCUGCACGGCGGCAGCUCCCCUGCUCCUCAGCCCUUCUUACACCCCCUAACAUCACACCCCAUUUCCCGUCUUCCUGAACCCUGGGGCUUGAGACUGGUAUCUGCUUCACCGUCCCUGGACACAACAAAUGAAACCGGAACAGAAUGAGAACACUGGAGGGAGGGCCUUGCUGCCUACCCCCAGCUAAGGGACCCCCAUUUCUGACCCAUUAGCAGUCUUUAAUGUGGGGCUCUGAGAUCUAGGCCCACUGACAGGGAUAGGGGACGCCCUACCCUUAAUCUAGGCUGGAUACAUUUGCUGUCUUCUCAAGGAAGAAGCCAAGCCCUCCCAGCAACCCUUCCUCAUGUCCUGCCGACCCCCCUGGGAUCCCUGCUCAGCCAAGCUUGUCAGCAGCCUGUAGGACCAUGGUUCACGUGACAAUAAAAGGUAGAAGGUAGAA